GCCAGCCUCCAGGCGCGCGAGAGUCUCGCCAGCCCCGUUGUCGGCAAGCCCCGCCCCGCUACACAAAGCCCCACCCGCUCCCCUUCUCAUUGGGCCGCCGCUACAGCCCGCCGGAGACGCCGCUGCUCGAGCGGGAGUCGCUCAGCCAGCCAGCCGGCCGGCCGGGCGGGCGGGAACCCCGAGGCGCUGCGCUUCCCGCUCUGCUCUGGCCGCGGUGCCUGCCUGCGCGCGCGCGCCUGGGGCAGGGCCCUGCCCGUGCGGAGCUGCCGUUGACUCUGUGUGCUGCCCUGGGAACGAUGCAGCUAACCGCCCCCUCCCCCCCCGGUCUGACUCCUGUAGAAAGACUCUCUUCGACAAACAUUUUCCUUUUACUACAAUGAAGCCUGAAAGUCUCAUGAUUCUUUAUGAGGAUGACUCUGUAGAAGUGCACUAUAUAGAUGGAUCCAGACUGCUGCUUUCUCCCUGUGGCUCUGAAUUCCUGUUUGAAAGGGCACUUCCUGUCUCUGCCCAUCCUCUGCAGCCAGCUGAAAGGAUUCGCCAAAGGACUCAGUUUGUUAUUAGUACCUACCGAGAGCAACUCCUACGAGCACUAGAUUUCCGGAACCAGUUUUGUACUUCCUUGUAUUUACCUUCAAGUAUCAUACCUUCUGAAAGGAAAAAUAUUCUUCUCUCUGAUAUCUCAGAAAUCAAUUGGCCAAGCCCCAAUGCUACUGCUGCAGCAGAAUGUAUGGAUAAUGGCAGUGUAAAAAUCUCAUCCUUAGAUGGUCAUGCUUGUCUCUGCAUGUCGGAACUGCAACAAGAAUUUACAGUGCAGUUUUUAUGCAAAGAAAGCCAAAAGUGUGCAGCGUCUUCAUCUUUCUCUGAAAAAAACAGCAAUAAUGAAAACAAAGGUCAGCAUGGAAAAUCAAGCCAAAGCUUUAUCUCAGAAAUGUUUCCUAAACAGAUGAGAAUGGAGAAUAAAAAAGAGGAACAUUGCUGGACUAUAAACAAAUACAGGGAACUGGACAAAUCAAAGGACUACUUAAACCAAAUAAAGGGACAAGAUGAGGCCCCAUUGUCUCUUACAUGCUGUUCAUCUGAAUACAUGUGGGUUAUGCAGCGCUGGUCUGUUUCCUCGUAUCCAGAAGAAUGGAAAUACCCUUUGUCCUUGGCAUUAAUGUUCUAUCAGUUGCACACUGAUAACGUACAUAAAACAUACGUGGAGAAUAAAUGCACUAGAAAUAGAACUGCGGGAUCUGGUGUUUUAAAGCAAAGUGAAAAAACAAAGGCAGUUUCUCAUCUGCCUAGAGCUUUGCCACUCAGCUGUAGUGCACCACAUCUACACAGAUGGAGUUUCUGUGACUUCUUUCUACAGAGGAAGCAAGACAGUGAACAUAAUUCACACCCUCUACUAAUAAAAAUUGUUUGGUGCCAGGGUAUUGUUUACAGGCUUAUCCAUGAUAUUGAAAACUUUAUAGAAAUUUAUCCUGGAGAUGGAUCAGUUUUCAAGUCAGAAGGAGCAUUUUUGGGAAACUAUUUUACACAUUAUUCAGUUCACAAAGAAACAAGACAGAGAGAAGAAAACAUGUAUUCAGCAAACAGUUUGCCUCCGGAUACACCAGGAAGUCCAUACUCCAUCUGUUCCAUUAUUACCCAGGCAACCAGAAUUCUCCAGUACUGUUACAAGACUAAACUUUCAUUAACCCAUAAUUACAGUAUCUGCUGCUGGAGAAUGAUACCAGGGACAGAUGGAAGAGAAAUGCUGCCAGUUCCGUUGCAUGAAACAGUUAUUCCCAAUGUGGGAAGACUUGUUGCAUAUUCAGAUAAUAAAGUCCAUGCUCUGUUUUGUGAUGGGAUGACCCUGAAUAUGGUUUGGGAUUUCAGCUCUUGCUGUGGAAGAACACAGAUAAAUCAAGGUGCUACCACAGGAUGGUGUAAAAUAAUCUGUCCUGAUGGGGCGCAGCAGCUAAUCCAGAUAAAUCAUCCUGGACUCUAUGAAAGGUACAUUGGAACAGUAGUAGCAUGGUGCAGAAGUCUGAAUGAUAAUGAGGGAAAGACUCUUCCUGCAACUGAGAAAAACUGAGGUAGGACAAAACAGAAAUGUCCUUAACAACGCAACUGCUAGUCUUACUGCAGAACAGCAAUGUUCCAAACAAGACUUCGUCUAUGAAAAAUAAUCCAUCUCGUAUUACUGUUAGACAACCAGAAAACAGUUUACUUGAGGAUAUCGGUGAAAGAAGCAUAUCAGAGGCUUUGGAAAAAACUUCAAAAGUCAUCCAAGAUAUUGAAUCUCUCCUAGCCUCUUCUGGGAAGUGACACUUGAGCAAGCACUUGAAAGACCAGCAUUAUUUAAAUGUUUAUGGGCUCUAUCCUGCAGUCUUGUGCAUCAAGUGGGAUUUUUGGGUGUGCAAGGAAUGAAAGAUCAGGCCCUAAGAACUGUACUUUUUGUUCUGAAUAAUUGACUCUGUCCUACUGUAACAACAGAAUUAUAAUAUGCCAUACAAAGGAUAGAAGAGAAAUGAGGUAUAUUUAUGUAGUCUGGUUCUAUUUACAGGUAGGGCUUGAGUAAAAGUGCCUUCUUUAAUAGAAAUUAAAUGACAAUGCAUGUUUGUAAAUUCCAACAUACAUACAGAAUUGUUUUAAGCAGGUGUUACUGGUAAAAUAACUGACUAGGCCAUCAUAAUCUAGUUAAGCAAUUUUUAAAAUUGAAAAUCUUUUUUUAAGAGAGAAAAGGAAUAUUCAAGAUGGCCCCUAAAUUAUUUCUGCUCUAUACUUUUACUGUAAAAUACUAUUUUAAGAACAUCUGAAAAGUUUCACUAACCCUUGUUUGUUUUUCAUUUAAUGAAUAUUUCCUUAUAGUGCCUUACCUAAAAAGAAAAUAAAUUUUGUUUGUUAUCAUACUUAUACAUACUGUAGAUAAAGAAAGUUUUCAAGGUCAUCUUGUCUGUUCCUAACCUUAUCAGCCAAUACUACUAUACAGGAUUAUUCCCUCCAGAAUAUUCUCUGCUGCUUUAUCUAGUCUUGUGUUAAAUUACUAAUGAAAAGAAGCUUGCACUACCAAAAUUAUUUCCAAAACCCACAACACUCCAAUAAUUAAUAAAAUACUCUUAACCUGCUUGUUCAUGCUGAAAA